AUGUGUUUCAUUUCAGCCCCAUUACCUGCGAGUUCAACUGAUAUUCGUCCCAAUGCAACAUGGGCACAGAAUGGUGUUACGGUUGCUGGAGGAAAUGGAAAAGGCAGUGAAAUGAAUCAACUCUGGAGUCCAUUGAAUUUGUACCUCGAUGAUAAUCAAACAAUUUAUGUUGCUGAUACUAUAAAUUGCCGUAUUAUGGAAUGGAAAUAUGGUGCUAUAAAUGGAAAACUGGUUGUCGGUGGAAAUGGACAAGGAAAUGGAGCUCAUCAAUUAAGCUACCCACGAGACGUGAUUGUUGACAAAGGGAGUGAUAGUCUCAUCAUCAGCGAUACCGGGAAUAAUAGAUUAGUGCUAUGGCCUCAUCGAAAUGGUGUUCGUGGAGAAACUAUCAUUUCAAAUAUCUCUUGUGGUGGCUUGACAAUGGGCGAGAAUGGAUCUCUCUAUGUCGUUUCCAGAGAAAAACAUGAAGUGAGACGAUAUGAAACUGGUGACGCUAAAGGAACAGUGGUUGCAGGUGGCAAUGGAAAAGGAGAUCGUCUGAAUCAACUCUCCAAACCUCAAUACGUAUGCGUCGAUCGAGAUCAUUCAGUAUACGUGUGUGAAUCUGGAAAUCACCGUGUAACGAAAUGGGAAGAAGGGGCAAAACAAGGCAUUGUUGUAGCCGGUGGUCGAGGACAAGGAAGUAGUCUUACACAAUUAUCACGUCCUCGAGGAGUGAUUGUCGAUCAAUUGGGUACUGUCUAUGUGGCUGAUUAUUGGAAUCAUCGAAUCAUGCGUUGGCCAAAAGGAGCCAGACAGGGAAGUGUCAUUGUUGGUGGAAACGGUAAAGGAGCACAGUCGAAUCAACUCAAUUGUCCCAUAGGUUUAUCAUUCGAUCGAUAUGGCAAUCUCUAUGUCACGGAAAACGAAAAUCAUCGAGUACAAAAGUUUAAUAUCAAAUGA